UAGAGAAGCUUCUAAACCGGACACGUCAUGUGUCUUAACAGUUCCCCUCUGGAUCUGGCAGAGUAUUGGUUUCUCCCUUUAUCGUUCUGCAAAGUUAUAAGAACCUUGAUUUCGGUGGUGCUUAGAAAGAGCGCAUGGCGCGGAAGGAUUGAGAGAAGAAGAAGUGUUAGCGGUUUGAUGGGGCUCUGUUGGAGCGAUCGAUUGAAGGUGGAAAAGCCCUUGUACUCGGCAUCAGAAUUCGGCAGCACAGAUGAGUUCAGCAGUUUUAGCAGCAAGGUUUCUAAUGCAUCUGUGCCCCCAACACAGAGAAGUGAAGGGGAGAUUCUGAAGUCAUCUAAUGUCCGGAGCUUUGCCUUCAAUGAGCUAAAAACUGCUACAAGGAAUUUCAGACCAGAUAGUAUUGUAGGAGAGGGUGGCUUUGGUGCCGUAUUUAAAGGGUGGGUUGAUGAGCAGACAUUUGCUCCGGCCAAGCCGGGGACUGGGAUAGUUAUUGCUGUGAAGAAGCUCAAUCAGGAAGGGUUUCAGGGUCAUAAGGAGUGGUUGGCUGAAGUGAAUUACCUGGGUCAGCUUUUCCAUCCUAACCUUGUAAAGUUGAUUGGAUUCUGCUUGGAGGAUGAACAUCGCUUGCUAGUCUAUGAGUUCAUGCCUCGGGGAAGCUUAGAGAACCAUCUAUUCAGGAGGAGUUCUCACUUCCAACCACUUUCUUGGAUUCUUCGGGUAAAAGUUGCUCUCGAAGCUGCGAAAGGUCUUGCUUUUCUGCACAGUGCUGAGAUAAAAGUCAUUUAUCGUGAUUUCAAAGCUUCAAAUGUUCUACUUGAUUCUGAUUACAAUGCAAAACUUUCUGAUUUUGGGUUAGCAAAAGAUGGCCCAACUGGUGAUAGAAGUCAUGUAUCAACUAGGGUUAUGGGAACACAUGGCUAUGCAGCGCCUGAAUACCUUGCAACAGGUCACUUGACGACGAAGAGCGAUGUAUACAGCUUCGGAGUUGUUCUCUUAGAAUUGUUAUCGGGUCGGCGUGCUAUCGACAAGAACCGUCCUCAUGGAGAGCACAAUCUUGUCGAAUGGGCAAGACCUUAUCUUUUAAACAAAAGGAAGGUUUUUAGCAUCAUGGACAAUCGACUGGAUGGGCAAUAUGCUCGCACCGAAGCACAGAAGGUGGCUUCACUAGCUCUCCAAUGUCUCUCCAGAAAUUCUAAGUUCAGGCCAAGCAUGAAUCAGGUGGUAUCUUCAUUAGCUCAGCUACAGAAUUCCAGAAAGAAAUAGCAACCUAUACUGACAUAGAAUUAGUCAGGGAACCUCAGAGAAUUCUGCAAAUAGUAAGGUUCCUUAUCUCGGACCUUCAGUUUCUCCUCUCUAAUUAUAGCUUGAAAAAAUCAUCAGGAAAUAGGAGUAUUAGUAAUUUUUUUUCCCUGCAACUUGGUCUGUUUUACUGUACAGAGAUUCACUUGUUCUAGUGUUGUCUUUGAAAUAACCUUUAUUCAAUAGAAUGGAGAUGAAGUUGUUAUAUACAUAUGGAAUGUCAGGUUUCUUGCAUGUUUAUGAC